AUGGUAACACAUUGUAAGUUUACUAUCUGUUUCGUUUCUGCUGUUUCAAAUUUGCGAUUUCUACAUUAUCAGUCACUGCUUAUUUUCCAAACAGGCGUGCUAAUAACGUUGGUGAUUUUUUAUUUACUUAAAAUUGUAGUCGACGCCGAUGAAAUCCGGCGACUCGGGAAGCGCUUUCGAAAACUCGAUCUGGACAAAUCGGGCGCUCUUUCCGUUGAGGAGUUCAUGUCGCUUCCAGAACUGCAACAAAACCCUUUAGUUCAAAGAGUUAUUGAUAUCUUCGACACUGAUGGGAACGGCGAGGUGGACUUUAAAGGUUAGAAUUUUAUUUAUAGCUUUGUGACUGUUUUAUUAUUGAAUAUUGCAUCUAUCAAUGGACUGAUCAGGCAUCAUGAAAAUAUGCGGCAUAAUUUCGCGCCUAUUUUGGUUUGCGAUUAUGCAGCAGAUCGAUACUUCUUUCAGCAUCUUUCCCUCUUGACAAUUCAGUACUCAUUGGAAGGGCUAAGCCCUAAAUUCUUUUCGCCGUUUUAAAAAUGGUUACUCCAAUUACUGCGAUCCUGUGCUUUAAACGCCUAAUUGAAAAUAUGUCACGUUAUCUACCAUCAAACAAAACACCCCACCAACUUUGAAACUGAGUUUAGCUUGUCAGUUUUUCUACCGGAUCCGUUUGUUAUAUGCAUAAGAAAUCGUUUUUCUUAUUCUUUUAACUGAUUAACGGAGAGAGAGCUACAUUAUAUAUCAUUUGCAACAACAAGGACAAAUUAAAAAUUUUCUUUGUUCAUGGCGAAAACAAUUUUUAACUACCCUUGCCGGGUUCACCUGUUCCCAAACGGAUUUUGGAAGAACAAAUUCUAGGGUUUAUUCUAAUUGAAGAGAAAUUGGUUUCCAAUUAUGAUAGUCCAGCCCUUCUGGAUUUGGCCUGUGUGUGUGACCUUAGUAUGAGUGCAGCUUUUACCAAGAACAGGUGUUGUCAUCGGCUAUUUGCUCAGUCAAAGAAUAUCAUAAUUUCUCAACAUUUACUUUAUUCGUGCUUGAAAAGUCGGUCAAAGUUAUUCUUGUAACUUUGUGUGCGGCUCAAAAAAUGGCGUAGUAUCGUGAUUAGUGUUGUUUACUUGUUGAUAAUUUGCAUUUUGUGUACAUGCUAGAAUCGUUCAGGAACCAGUUGAUUUCAGAGCAGUUCUAAGAGAGCAGAAUUUUUCUCUCCACGUAGGCGCUUUUGUAGUGCUAUAAUUAGAGGAAGGGAAAUUGAACCUCACAGGAUAUUUUAGUGCAUGCAACCGAAUUUGAAUUUUGACAGCUGUAAGCCUUAGUUCAAAUGUGUUGAAAGUACAUUAUGUUAUUUAACCUUUAAAAUGGUACAUGGUGAAUUGUUAUUCAUGCAGCAUGUGACACUUUGGAAGAUGGGGAAUAACAUAUUGAAAUACAGUAUACAACAUUCACAAAUCUUUGGUGAUUAGCUCCCCAAGGCGAAUUAAUGUUUUAUUGCCUCAAGAAAAAGUUGUAAAAUUUUUUAUUAUAAGUGACUUUUUUGGCAGAUGUUAGAAGUUGCUAGAGAUGCUUUUGUUGUGCAGUAUUUUUGAAAGAGAGCUUUACAGGUAGUUGAUCCAAGUAGUGUGCAAAAUUCUGCUUUUAGGAAAUGUUGAGGGGUUUAGUUUACAUUGACGUCAGCUUGAAAACUAUUUUAAGAUGUACAUUUCCUCUGUCAGCAAAGCACUUAAACACUUUUAACCAGAGCAGCAGUGCAUAUGGUUUGAAAUGCAUUGAUUAAAAGAAAAUUUUAAUAACAUAUUGCUGGUUCUGUCCAGCAAAUGUUGAAAAGUGUGCAGAGCAGGAUACCUUGGCCAUCUAAAUAAAAACAAUCAGAAAGGUUUUCGAUCUAGAGGAGCAAAAAAAGCAAGAUUGUUAGAAAUUUGUUUUUGAUUGCAGUACCACUCAAAUAUAUGUUGACAGUCUUGACUCAAUCCUUGAAACUCAAUUUUCGCAUUUCAAAGUAUGAAUGACUUGAAUGUUAAGACACCAGAAUCAAGUCUCUGGUUUGUCAGGUCUGAGGUCCCCUGUGUUAAGACCCAUUUAGGGUAAAAUUCCGACGGGUGACUUGGCCUUCAAACAUGGUUUUUCAGUCACCCUUGUUCUCUGUGGUACAGCGUAUGCAUUUCAGCUUCUGAUCUUAAACAGAAGCCUUGUAGAUAGCCCUGUACUGACUCUAUUAACAGUGCUGUCUGUUGUAUCUAUUAUAUUGGAGAGAACAGUUUAAGUGUCUUAGAUUAAAAGCAUAAUAUUAAUGCUUGCCGGCAUACACACAGACUUCACUUCUGCUCUUUAUGUUACGCUACAGUUAUCUCAUCUGUUUUUAGAGUCUGGCUAUACUAAUCUUUAGACUUUCAAAAAAAUCUUGGACUCAUACCAACAUAGGUCACUGCAUUUCUCAUCACAAAAUGACUGCAGAGGUUAAUUUUUUUUAAUUUACAUUUUUUUAAUUUAGUCUCAUAGUUAAUUUGUGAAAUUAGUCAGCUUACUUUAAUUAUUACUUAAUUUAUAUUUUUAUUUAUUUGUUAUUAUUUCUAUUAAUUUUAAUGUAAUUUCAUUCAUUUAUUGUUAUUUAUUAUUGCAAACCUAAUUUUGGUGUGGUGUAUUGAAAUAACCAUUGUUGUUAUGUAAGAUAUUUCUAUCCAACCACAAAGCACUCAGAAAUACAUUAACCAAACUGAUCCCUAACUACUUUCAAGAAUUUUGUGUAAACCCCUCACCAUAGUGAGUGACCCAAGAAAUUAAUUCGUUUUCCUCAUUAGUUUGCUGCCUAACAAUCUUCUCAAUAUUGGUCACUUUUUGAAACCUUUUGCGGGACUACUAAAUCAACACCGAGAUCAUGCUACAAUAUUUUGAACAGUAUCACUAAAAAGAGCUGUCUUUACAUGAAAAUGCAUGUUUUAUUUUCAAAGGCAAAGUUACUGUACUGAAGCUAUUGACUUAAUUUGCCUCCUGCCACUUACACAAAGGAUGAAAAAAGAUUGAAGGAAAAUAUUGUCAAAUAUGUUUCAAAGCGUUACUAUGGUUGAUUCUUCAUGCUACAGAGUAAUGAUUAAACGACAAAUUUGCAUGAAAAAAUAAUAGUACAAAGUCAGUAGGUUUUCUUUAUUUAUUCACCUUGAUUUCCUAACUAUAUUGACACCUUGGCAUGCUUUCAAGUGGAGAAUAAUCAGGAUAUCCUUUCUGGUUAUAAAUUAUUAAAAGCUUUACAAUGGAGGGAUAUCUUAUUUUAGGCUCAAAGCAAUAUUUCUGGUCCCUGCUGUUGUUGUUAAUUGGACAAUUUUGAUUAAUUUUCUGUGUCCUCUUUUCUCAGCAUUUAUAUGCAACUUAUUUCAUUGACAGGCAGAUCGAGUUUUAUUAGUUUUCUGCAUAAAAUAAAAUGCAAGAGCCAACCAUCUGGUUUUUUUAUACUGUUUGUCAAGGAAAUGCAUUGAUGUUUUGUUUGUAGAUGUAAAAUGUAAUUUUACGCAGUCAUGCUGUGCCUCCGGCAAGAGUUUUAUUUUGUCUAGUAAUACCUAAAGAUAUCACACAGUGUAUUUUUAUGACUUUUCAAAUCACAGGAAUAUUGAACAGUAAAUAUAUAUGUUACUCCUUGUCAAGGCAUUUUGCAUUAAAUUACUGUAUGCACAUGAAAUGGAGAGGAAUAACAUAUAAUUUUACAGUUGAACACAUGUAUUAAGCUUUUCUGGACUACAUGCAUGUAAAGUACAUGGCAUGUAUUAAAAGCUACAGAGAUCUGAAAUUUCAUAUUCACACUCAGAUAAAUAUUCACAUUUCCUUUCAAACAGAGGUUGUCUAAUGACCUACUGUAGUCUGUUACCUGGCACCUGCAUAAUUAUUUAUUUUUUUUAGUAUUUUUUUUGCUGUCUCUGACCUUGCUUUUGGGUAGAGUCUAUCAGUCUAAGCUUUAUUGUGCAAAUGCAUGUAGAUAAUAAACUUUCAUUAAAUGAAGUUUAGCCCUAGCUCUCAAGGGUAAUGAUGGGGAGUUGCUUCAAAACAUGAGUGUGUUGUAUAAAAUAAACCAUUGUUCAAGAUCGUACAUGUAGAUGUUCACAUAAAAUCAGCAAAAAAAUUUCUUGCAAAAGGAACUACAUUAAAUUUGUCUUUUUUAAAGAACUUCUCAAACUUGUUUUUAGGUUUAAAUUUUGUUCAAAAGUAGACAUUAUUUUAAGUGAUUUUUUUUACUGAACUUUCUGAUAAUGUUUUAUUAAUCAUGAAAGUAGCCUAUGUACAAAAUUGAUGGUUGUUUAUUGCUGUCUGUAGAAUUUAUAGAAGGAGUUUCACAGUUCAGUGUAAAAGGUGACAAAGAAUCAAAGCUUAAAUGUAAGUACACUUUAGUUCAAAAGACAGAAAUACAUCAGUGUUUAUGAGGGUUUUGUUAUAACUAUGUUUAAUAUCCCCUUAAAACCUACCAUGACUAUAGUAAUUAUCUGAGACCUCCAAUAAUGAUUAUCUGAGAGCAGUCAAAUAAGGUACCCUAAUUUGCAUUAUUACAGUAUAACCUGAACAAAACAAGCAAGUUAAUUUAGGUAUAAAUUGAAGACUUAUGCUCUACCAGUGACCCUUCAGGUUACUUUCUUGGAAAUGUCAAUUUUUGAAAAUACUUACAGCUGCAAAAGAAGGCUUCCCAGAGUUUCAAAUUUUCAGAGCUUUGAGAACCUAACAUGUUUUCUUUGAGUGCAGCCUUGUAUGUACAAUAUAUUGUACACUGUAUUUAUCACGUCUCCUGGUGAAUUGAAUUGGCACCAUGCAGUAGGUGGAGUCUCAAAUGUUUGUCUAAAUCAGUUGGAGAAAUAGGAGGGUUCAAAAAUGGGGUGUAAUAUUAUCAUUAGGUGCUAAUCAUAAAUAAAUAAAUAAAUAAAUAAAUAAAUACUUCAUUAUCCACUACCCUUAUGGGGAUUUUCAGGGAUAAUAAAACAAUAAUUCAAAUAGAACAUAAAAUGUUUAAUAAUCCCAACUGGUAGAAGGCGAACCAGUUGGCUAUUUACAAGCAUGGCUGAGGAUUUGAACUCGGGACGGCCAAGAACAAAUCCAGCAAGUGGCCAGAGCGGGAAUCAAACCCGGGACCAGCGUAUUGUGAGUCCAAUGCACUGACCACUUGGCCACACUGCCUCCUCAAAAGAAAUCUCAAAACAGUUUAGGACUGGGGGAUACUUCUUGAACCCUAUAACUUUGUGCCAGUUGCAAUGGUGUUGUCUGUCUUGUAGAGAGUUUUUUGUAAUUAUCGUUCUAUGUUUUUAGUUGCCUUUAGGAUAUAUGAUAUGGAUAAUGAUGGCUUCAUAUCAAAUGGAGAACUCUUCCAAGUUCUUAAGAUGAUGGUAGGAAACAACCUCAAAGAAACACAACUUCAACAAAUUGUGGAUUUUGAACCUCACAGGAUAUUUUAGUGCAUGCAACCGAAUUUGAAUUUUGACAGCUGUAAGCCUUAGUUCAAAUGUGUUGAAAGUACAUUAUGUUAUUUAACCUUUAAAAUGGUACAUGGUGAAUUGUUAUUCAUGCAGCAUGUGACACUUUGGAAGAUGGGGAAUAACAUAUUGAAAUACAGUAUACAACAUUCACAAAUCUUUGGUGAUUAGCUCCCCAAGGCGAAUUAAUGUUUUAUUGCCUCAAGAAAAAGUUGUAAAAUUUUUUAUUAUAAGUGACUUUUUUGGCAGAUGUUAGAAGUUGCUAGAGAUGCUUUUGUUGUGCAGUAUUUUUGAAAGAGAGCUUUACAGGUAGUUGAUCCAAGUAGUGUGCAAAAUUCUGCUUUUAGGAAAUGUUGAGGGGUUUAGUUUACAUUGACGUCAGCUUGAAAACUAUUUUAAGAUGUACAUUUCCUCUGUCAGCAAAGCACUUAAACACUUUUAACCAGAGCAGCAGUGCAUAUGGUUUGAAAUGCAUUGAUUAAAAGAAAAUUUUAAUAACAUAUUGCUGGUUCUGUCCAGCAAAUGUUGAAAAGUGUGCAGAGCAGGAUACCUUGGCCAUCUAAAUAAAAACAAUCAGAAAGGUUUUCGAUCUAGAGGAGCAAAAAAAGCAAGAUUGUUAGAAAUUUGUUUUUGAUUGCAGUACCACUCAAAUAUAUGUUGACAGUCUUGACUCAAUCCUUGAAACUCAAUUUUCGCAUUUCAAAGUAUGAAUGACUUGAAUGUUAAGACACCAGAAUCAAGUCUCUGGUUUGUCAGGUCUGAGGUCCCCUGUGUUAAGACCCAUUUAGGGUAAAAUUCCGACGGGUGACUUGGCCUUCAAACAUGGUUUUUCAGUCACCCUUGUUCUCUGUGGUACAGCGUAUGCAUUUCAGCUUCUGAUCUUAAACAGAAGCCUUGUAGAUAGCCCUGUACUGACUCUAUUAACAGUGCUGUCUGUUGUAUCUAUUAUAUUGGAGAGAACAGUUUAAGUGUCUUAGAUUAAAAGCAUAAUAUUAAUGCUUGCCGGCAUACACACAGACUUCACUUCUGCUCUUUAUGUUACGCUACAGUUAUCUCAUCUGUUUUUAGAGUCUGGCUAUACUAAUCUUUAGACUUUCAAAAAAAUCUUGGACUCAUACCAACAUAGGUCACUGCAUUUCUCAUCACAAAAUGACUGCAGAGGUUAAUUUUUUUUAAUUUACAUUUUUUUAAUUUAGUCUCAUAGUUAAUUUGUGAAAUUAGUCAGCUUACUUUAAUUAUUACUUAAUUUAUAUUUUUAUUUAUUUGUUAUUAUUUCUAUUAAUUUUAAUGUAAUUUAAUUCAUUUAUUGUUAUUUAUUAUUGCAAACCUAAUUUUGGUGUGGUGCAUUGAAAUAACCUGUUGUUAUGUAAGAUAUUUCUAUCCAACCACAAAGCACUCAGAAAUACAUUAACCAAACUGAUCCCUAACUACUUUCAAGAAUUUUGUGUAAACCCCUCACCAUAGUGAGUGAUCCAAGAAAUUAAUUCGUUUUCCUCAUUAGUUUGCUGCCUAACAAUCUUCUCAAUAUUGGUCACUUUUUGAAACCUUUUGCGGGACUACUAAAUCAACACUGAGAUCAUGCUACAAUAUUUUGAACAGAUCACAAAAAAAGUACUGUCUUUACAUGAAAAUCCAUGUUCUAUUUUCAAAGGCAAAGUUACUGUACUGAAGCUAUUUACUUAAUUUGCCUCCUGCCACUUACACAAAGGAUGGAAAAAGAUUGAAGCAAAAUGUUGUCAAAUAUGUUUCAAAGCGUUACUAUGGUUGAUUCUUCAUGCUACAGAGUAAUGAUUAAACGACAAAUUUGCAUGAAAAAAUAAUAGUACAAAGUCAGUAGGUUUUCUUUAUUUAUUCACCUUGAUUUCCUAACUAUAUUGACACCUUGGCAUGCUUUCAAGUGGAGAAUAAUCAGGAUAUCCUUUCUGGUUAUAAAUUAUUAAAAGCUUUACAAUGGAGGGAUAUCUUAUUUUAGGCUCAAAGCAAUAUUUCUGGUCCCUGCUGUUGUUGUUAAUUGGACAAUUUUGAUUAAUUUUCUGUGUCCUCUUUUCUCAGCAUUUAUAUGCAACUUAUUUCAUUGACAGGCAGAUCUAGUUUUAUUAGUUUUCUGCAUAAAAUAAAAUGCAAGAGCCAACCAUCUGGUUUUUUUAUACUGUUUGUCAAGGAAAUGCAUUGAUGUUUUGUUUGUAGAUGUAAAAUGUAAUUUUACGCAGUCAUGCUGUGCCUCCGGCAAGAGUUUUAUUUUGUCUAGUAAUACCUAAAGAUAUCACACAGUGUAUUUUUAUGACUUUUCAAAUCACAGGAAUAUUGAACAGUAAAUAUAUAUGUUACUCCUUGUCAAGGCAUUUUGCAUUAAUUUACUGUAUGCACAUGAAAUGGAGAGGAAUAACAUAUAAUUUUACAGUUGAACACAUGUAUUAAGCUUUUCUGGACUACAUGCAUGUAAAAUACAUGGCAUGUAUUAAAAGCUACAGAGAUCUGAAAUUUCAUAUUCACACUGAUAUAAAUAUUCACAUUUCCUUUCAAACAGAGGUUGUCUAAUGACCUACUGUAGUCUGUUACCUGGCACCUGCAUAAUUAUUUAUUUUUUUUAGUAUUUUUUUGCUGUCUCUGACCUUGCUUUUGGGUAGAGUCUAUCAGUCUAAGCUUUAUUGUGCAAAUGCAUGUAGAUAAUAAACUUUCAUUAAAUGAAGUUUAGCCCUAGCUCUCAAGGGUAAUGAUGGGGAGUUGCUUCAAAACAUGAGUGUGGUGUAUAAAAUAAACCAUUGUUCAAGAUCAUACAUGUAGAUGUUCAAAUAAAAUCAGCAAAAAAUUUCUUGCAAAAAGAACUACAUUAAAUUUGUCUUUUUUAAAGAACUUCUCAAACUUGUUUUUAGGUUUAAAUUUUAUUCAAAAGUAGACAUUAUUUUAAGUGAUUUUUUUACUGAACUUUCUGAUAAUGUUUUAUUAAUCAUGAAAGUAGCCUAUGUACAAAAUUGAUGGUUGUUAUUGCUGUCUGUAGAAUUUAUAGAAGGAGUUUCACAGUUCAGUGUAAAAGGUGACAAAGAAUCAAAGCUUAAAUGUAAGUACACUUUAGUUCAAAAGACAGAAAUACAUCAGUGUUUAUGAGGAUUUUGUUAUAACUAUGUUUAAUGUCCCCUUAAAACCUACCAUGAUUAUAGUAAUUAUCUGAGAGCAGUAAAAUAAGGUACCCUAAUUUGCAUUAUUACAGUAUAACCUGAACAAAACAAGCAAGUUAAUUUAGGUAUAAAUUGAAGACUUAUGCUCUACCAGUGACCCUUCAGGUUACUUUCUUGGAAAGGUCAAUUUUUGAAUUACUUACAGCUGCAAAAGAAGGCUCCUCAGAGUUUCAAAUUUUCAGAGCUUUGAGAACCCUACAUGUUUUCUUUGAGUGCAGCCUUGUUUGUAUGAUAUAUUGUACACUGUAUUUAUCACAUCUCCUGGUGAAUUGAAUUGGCACCAUGCAGUAGGCGGAGUCUCAAAUGUUUGUCUAAAUCAUUUGGAGAAAUAGGAGGUUUAAGAAAUGGGGUAUAAUAUUAUCAUUGGGUGCCAAUCAUAAAUAAAUAAAUAAAUACUUCAUUAUCCGCUACCCUUAUGGGGCUUUUCAGGGAUAAUAAAGCAAUAAUUCAAAUAGAACAUAAUAUGUUUAAUAAUCCCAACUGGUAGAAGGCGAACCAGUUGGCUAUCUACAAGAAUGGCUGAGGAUUUGAACUCGGGACAACCGAGAACAAAUCCAGCCAGUGGCCAGAGUGGGAAUCAAACUCGGGACCGGCGGAUUGUGAGGCCAAUGCACUGACCACUUGGCCACACUGCCUCCUCAAAAGAAAUCUCAAAACAGUUUAGGACUGGGGGAUACUUCUUGAACCCUAUAACUUUGUUCCAGUCCCAAUGGUGUUGUCUGUCUUGUAGAGAGUCUUUUGUAAUUAUUGUUCUGUUUUUAGUUGCCUUUAGGAUAUAUGAUAUGGAUAAUGAUGGCUUCAUAUCAAAUGGAGAACUCUUCCAAGUUCUUAAGAUGAUGGUAGGAAACAACCUCAAAGAAACACAACUUCAACAAAUUGUGGAUAAGACAGUAAUAAAUGCGGACAAGGAUGGCGAUGGAAAAAUCUCUUUUAGUGAAUUUUGUGCUGUAAGUUUAACUCCACUAAAUUUUCCCACAGAUGUAGAAUAUUGUUUAUGGAACACACCUAAAUACUUACAUAAAGAGUGCAGACCAGCACCCUUUAGCUAUAACUUUACUAGUCACAUUCCUACAGUAAUGCUUCAAUGUUGCAAAUGCUUUUCAGGUAAUCAGAUGUAUGUAUAUACUCUAGAUGUACAUACAUACAUUUGUUAUUUGCAUCACCCUGUACAUAUAUGCGUAAUAAUUUUUUCAGACAGCAAAAAUGCUUCAAGAAACUUAGAAGAAUGAUUAUAGGAAAUCUCAAAGCAUAUGAGCAACAAUUAUUUUAAAAUCAAAGUAAUAACAGAAUUUUAGUAAAUUUGCAUUAUGAGAACAUUAGUUAAAUGUCGGGAUCUGUGUACAGGGAGUUUUAUUAUUGAAAAAAUGGAGUUUUGCUAACAUAAGAGGCUUCCCUGUCGUCAAACGUUGGGGCUCCCUUUAUUCCACCCCUGCAAUGCUCCCUUAAUUAAUAGUAAUUCUUGAUAAUUUUUUACAGGUUGUUGGUAAUAUGGAUGUUCAUAAAAAGAUGGUAGUGGACGUCUAA